CACUGCAGCGUUGGCACUCAUCGGCUCCCGCGUCAAUUGCUGUUAUUGCGAAUGUGAAUGUAACUUCCAACGCGCUCAUAUAGCCUGCGCGGUCCACCCUAGCAACUAUUUCUUCACACACACUUUCAGCUUCUUCCUCACUGCCCCGCGCCCAGCAAUUCGCAGUGCCCGCCGCAUGCCAUGGGGCGGGCAGAUCCAACUCCCUCCGCACCCGCUUCCCUUCCCCCCGACCCCUCCGCACCCCAAGCACCCCAACCCCCACGGCCUGAGCUACGGCCCCCUCAAGCCGCAGGCUUGUACUUUGUGUGCGGCCACGCAGUGCUGAAGCUGCUGGGCGAUGAGGUGGAGCUGGUGGCGGGAAGCAUACAAGAAGAAGGCGAAGCAGACGGCGAGGGCCCAGCGGCCCGUUUCCAUUUGCCGCACGCGCUGGUGUCCGACGGCGCCGGUAGCCUGUUGGUCGUCGAUGAACGUGGCAGUAAGCGCAUCCGGAGGCUGCAGCUUCCAGCAUCAUGGCGGUGUGCAGGUAUCGCAGCUGCCGCCACGGGUGGCACGGCGGCAGGUUCCCGCAUGCCCGCUGGCACGGCCGCAGCAGCGGGAGGGGCAGUAGCAGCCGCAUCGGCAGUCACGGUCACAACUUUGUUGACAGACGCACCUGACUACCUAUACAGCGCAUCCCGCGUGCCAUCGCAGCCGCAGGAGCAGCAGGGGCCCGCUGCGUGGGGUGGCCAGGGGAAAAGCAACGGCAACAACACUAGCAGCGGCGGCGGCAGCAGCGAAGGCGGCGGCAUGAGUGGCGGUGGCAUGAGUGGCGGUGCCGUCGGCGGGUGGAUGGUGUACACCGUACACGACGGUUUCUACCGCCUGCCGCUCCCACUGCCGCCGCCGCAGCCUGUCCCGCCGGCACCUGCGCCUGCAGCUGCUGCUGCUCCCGGAGGCGCGGCGCCACCACUGGCCUUGCAACGCCUGGAGCUGACUGAUGCCGGUCCGGGCGCGGGGGCUGAGGUACCGUUUAGGAACUUGCGGGGCUUUGAGCACGCUAUGGACGCCGAAGGAUCCAUUUACAUCGUGGAUUCUGACCGCCUUUGCCGCGUGUCAAUAGGAGGCCGUGUAGAGACGCUUGUGACGGGGUUGCCGGAGCGUGCUUCAUGCUACGCCGUCCUGCCAAACGGGUUCCUGGCCCUCGGCGAAGGCAGUCUCAUUCUGCUGGACCUCGGGUUGCAGCCGCUACUGCCACAGAUGCCUGUUACAGCAGCAGCAGCAGCGGCUGUAGCUGCGCCGCCGCCGCCGCGCAGCCUGCCCGCCGACCUGGGUGCGCUGCUGGACGCGCAGCCCGACGGCACCGCAGACCUCACCGUCCGUGUGGGCGAGCGCCGCUUCCACUGCCACCGCGGCAUCCUGUCCGCGCGCUGCGACUACUUCAGGCAGCGGCUGGUGGGCGACGGCUUUGCGGAUGCGCGCGCGGCGGAGCUGGAGCUGCCGGAUACGGACGCCGACGCCUUCGCGCUGCUGCUGCGGUGGCUGUACACUGGGACCGCCACCAUAGCGGUCGAUCAGGCGUGCGGCGUGGCUGAGCUGGCGGACCGGCUGCUGCUGCCGGAGCUGCUUGGUGUGGCGCUGGCGGUGGUGGCGGAGUCCGUGUCGGCCGCGACGGUGAUUGACAAGCUGCUGUGGGCCGCGGGCUGCUGUGAGACGCGCGGCGAGGGCUUUGGCGGCCUGCUGGCGCAGCUGAAGGCGUGGUACGUGCAGCACCACGAACAGGUGGCGGCGGAGGCGGGUGCCGGCCGCAAGCGCCUGGUGUCAGAGGCGCCUGAGCUGAUGAUAGAGCUGAUGGACGCGGUGGCGGUGUGGUGUACGGAUGCGGGGGCCAAGCGGGCCAGGCGCAGCUAGCGGCUAUGCGGCAUGGCUGCACCAGGACUGACGGGCUGGCUAGCUGUUCGAGAGUGUGGGUAUCCGCCGUACAUACAGUGCAUUCAUCUUAGGGCCUAGCAGCGGAAUGCAUCUUUCUUAGGGUCUAGAGCGAAGCACAGCAGGGUCUUUCUUGGCCGCCAUGGCCCGGCAGCAGCCGCAAAGCGUGCACGAGAGGUGAGAGGGAGAGGUGGAAACUACAAUCGCAUGCCGACUUCCCGUGUUGUGAGCUUCAGUUUAGGUCUGUUGGCAUGUGGACACGGUUGUUGAAGAACUCGUAGGAUGUUUUGGCGAUUAGGCCAGAAUGAAGUAGGCGCUUACGGUGGAACUUGCUGAGGCCUUGGGUACUAGUGGACGGUGUCUCGGGAAGA